AUGCGGGCGUUCGAGGAGCCCGCAAACACGCCUGCAGACUCACACAGUCUGGACAGCGAGCAGAGAUGGAGCUUGAAACCGCUUAUCAGAAGCGCUGAGCGCUCGCAUAACAAGCUGCCGGGCAUCAGGAAGAUCCCUCUUCGAGCUAUUGGGAUUAUUGCGCUCGUUGCGUUGUUGAAUAUAUUGGUUUGGGUCGCGGCGGCCAUUGUGCUGAGCUAUCAUCCUUCGCUGGUUUCUACCGCUGCUCUCGCCUAUUCGCUUGGCUUGAGACAUGCAUUUGAUGCAGACCAUAUCUCUGCCAUCGAUUUAAUGACCAGAAGACUCCUGGCAACGGGACAAAAGCCCGUCACUGUGGGCACAUUCUUCUCCCUUGGUCACUCAACCAUUGUGAUCAUCACAUCAAUUGUCGUGGCAGCUACAGCAGCAGCAGUCUCCUCGCGCUUCGACAGCUUCAGCACAGUUGGUGGGAUUAUUGGCACCUCUGUCAGCGCUGCGUUCCUUAUCCUACUUGGUCUUAUGAAUGCAUACAUCUUGUACAAGCUCAUCAAGCAGAUGCAGAAGGUUUUCAACUUGCCUGAGCAUCGCGAAGAUGAAGCAUGGAAGAUUGAGGGUGGAGGAGUUCUUUUCGCGAUCUUGAAGAAGAUGUUCAAGUUAAUUGACCGCCCAUGGAAGAUGUAUCCCCUGGGCAUCCUAUUCGGUCUCGGCUUCGACACCUCCUCCGAGAUCGCCUUGCUUGGAAUCUCCUCCAUCGAAGCAGCAAAAGGAACCUCGUUCUGGGUGAUCCUCAUUCUCCCAGCUCUAUUCACCGGUGGGUACCAAAUCAUACCGCCCAUUGACCCCAUUCAUCUCGUUCUAUCUAACAAACCCUCAGCCGGGAUGUGCCUCCUCGACACAAUCGACGGAGCCCUAAUGUUCGCCCUCUACAUCCAACCAGCAGCCAACUUCCUGCCAAAAAGGCCGGCCAGCACCAUCUCCGACACAUCAUCAACAGCCAGCGCUCCAGACGAGCUCCCGCAAUCGCGGAACAACCACCGCGACCCAGUCGCAUUCCUGUACUACUCAAUCGUGCUAACCACAUUAACCGUCAUUGUGGCGAUCAUCAUUGGCGUAAUUCAGCUGCUCAGUCUGAUUCUGAAUGUUACAGAUGCCAAAGGCCCAUUCUGGGAUGGAGUCGAGACUGCUGGUGAAUAUUAUGAUGCUAUUGGCGGUGGAAUCUGUGGUUGCUUUAUUGUAUUCGGCGGAUUGAGUGUUUGGGCCUACAAGCCGUGGCGGAGGUGGAUGGAUCGGCGGCAUGGGAAGAAUGUCGUUAAUGAUGUCGAGAGGUAUCGGGAUGAGGAUGAUUCUCCCGAUGAUGUUGUUGAGAGUGGUGCCAUUGUGACCGAGACGGCUGGCGGUGCUCGGAACGAGGGUACCACCCCUGAGGUUGCAAAGGGGGCUUCAUCUCGAGUUGAUGCGAAGGAGACUAACCAGCCGAGGGUUGAGGAGCAUGUUGUCUGA